AUGGCGCCCUCAGCCACCAGCACGGAAUGGGACCACCAGUUUCACACUCUGCGUCGCCAGGACCUCUUCCGCAAUCCUCCUGCCGAUCAUUCCGCCUAUCCCGCUCUCCAGCUAGCAGUCAACCCUCACAUUGAGUCGUUCAAUGCCAUCUUUCGCGGCGAUGGAAAGCCCGGCCUUCUCGCCCACGGCCUGGCAGAUAUUGGCACAAAAGUUUUUCUCGAUGGCAACGACCGCGCUGGCCCAGAAGGCAAAAACCGUCUCCAGAUUCGGAUCAAGGAGGUGACCCUGCAGAAGCCGCAGGUGCCGCCCUCCAACAAGCUGGCUUUGAACAGAGAAAUUUUCCCCGCCGAGUGCAGAGAGAGGCACGCUACCUACAGAGGAAAGCUCUCCGCCACGUUCGAGUACAGCAUCAAUGGAGGCGAUGUCAUUGAGUUUACCAGAGAGCUUGGCCAGGUUCCCAUCAUGAUCAAGUCAAACAGAUGUCACCUCGAGAAUAACUCGCCUGCUUUAUUGGUUUCGCGAAAGGAAGAGUCCGAAGAGCUUGGUGGAUACUUCAUUGUCAACGGUAACGAAAAGAUUAUCCGUCUCCUGCAGGUGAACAAGCGAAACUUCCCCAUGGCUAUCAACCGUCCGAGUUUCACAAAUCGAGGUGCGGGAUACACCACAUACGGUAUCAUUCUGCGAUCAGUACGACCAGACGAGACGUCGCAGACCAAUGUUUUGCAUUACUUGAAGGACGGAAACGUGACGUUUAGGUUUUCGUGGCGCAAGAACGAAUAUCUUAUCCCCGUCAUCAUGAUUCUGAAGGCACUGGUGGAGACCAACGACCGAGAAAUCUUUGAGGGGCUGAUUGGACCCAUGGGCUCUAAGGCGGCUCAAAACACUUUCCUCACAGAUCGUGUAGAACUCUUGCUGAGAACAUACAAGGCCUACCGCCUCUACAGCAAGUCUGAAACUCGUGCUUAUUUGGGCCAAAAGUUCAGAGUCGUUUUGGGAGUUCCAGAGACCAUGUCGGAUUACGAGGUCGGAACUGAAUUCCUGCGGAAGAUUAUCUGCGUGCACUUGGGCAAUGUCGAUGUCACAGAGAAGCAAGAUCUCGACAAGUUCCACAUGGUGCUGUUCAUGAUUCGGAAGCUCUACGCCUUGGCCGCCGGUGAAUGCGCCGUCGACAACCCCGAUGCCAUCCAGAACCAGGAAAUUCUGCUCGGUGGAUUUCUUUACUCGCAGAUUUUGAAGGAGAGGCUAGACGAGUUUCUUAGCGUGAGCGUUCGUGCGGCCAUCCGAGACUACCUGAGAAGGCAUCCUGCUGUGAACUUCACCUCCGAAGAAUUCCGAAAAGAGUUCCCUGGUGGCAUUUUCAGAAAAUCAAACGAAAAUAUCGCCAAUGGCCUCGAAUACUUCCUUUCCACCGGUAACCUGGUGAGUGCCUCUGGUCUGGAUCUACAGCAAACAGCAGGCUUCACCGUGGUGGCAGAGAAGCUCAACUUUUUGCGUUUCAUCAGCCACUUCAGAAUGGUUCACCGUGGUGCCUUCUUCGCCCAACUCAAGACCACCGCCGUGCGAAAACUGCUGCCAGAAUCUUGGGGCUUCAUGUGCCCUGUCCACACACCCGAUGGUUCUCCCUGUGGCUUGCUGAACCACAUGACGCACAAGUGCAAGGUUAUGACGGACUACAUCGAUGUGUCCAGCAUUCCCGCGCUGGUUGCCGAGCUCGGUGCUGUUGACACAUCAUCCGCGUCUACAGAUGAGAGUGUUGUUGUCAUGCUAGAUGGCAAGAUCCUUGGAUGGUCCACCCCGAAGGAGUCACUGCGAAUCGGAGACUGCUUGAGAUACUGGAAGGUCGAGGGCUCGCACAACGUACCUUUGCAACUCGAGAUCGGAUACGUGCCUCCAUCAAACGGCGGUUCAUACCCGGGUCUGUACCUGACGUCCACCCCGUCCAGAAUGGUUCGGCCCGUCAAAUACCUGCCCCUACAGAAGGAAGACUUUGUCGGCCCCUACGAGCAGCCUUACAUGUCAAUCGCUGUUGUUCCGCAGGAGAUUGAGUCUGGCGUGUCUACACACGUUGAAUUUGACCCAACCAACAUGCUCUCCAUCCUUGCCAACAUGACACCGUUCUCCGACUUUAACCAAUCUCCCCGAAACAUGUACCAGUGUCAGAUGGGUAAACAAACCAUGGGAACUCCGGGUACGGCCAUUCGACACCGAACAGACAACAAGUCAUAUAGGAUACAAACGGGCCAAACCCCCAUUGUCCGUGCACCUCUUCACAACACCUAUGGCUUCGACAACUUCCCCAACGGCAUGAACGCAGUGGUUGCUGUCAUUUCUUACACCGGUUACGACAUGGACGAUGCUAUGAUCAUCAACAAGUCUGCUCACGAAAGAGGCUUCGGUCACGGUACCGUCUACAAGACCAAGAAAAUCACGCUCAAGGACGACUCAAGAACCAGGGCUGCCAAGAGCGUUGUCAAAAUGUUUGGCUUCGCCCCUCACAGCUAUGUCAGCGCGGCGUACCAGGGCAUGCUCGAUGACGACGGUCUGCCGCACGUUGGCCGAAUGGUAAAGGAAGAUGAUGUUUUGUGCGCAUGGCACACAGUUACUCCCGAUUACAACGGAAACUUGGUCAACCUUGACGGAAUCACCCACUACGAGAAAUACAAGGAUUCGGAGAUUGGAUUCAUCGAAGAGGUCCGCCUGAUUGGUGCCGAAUCGGGCUCUGAGCCUCUGCAGACGAUUUCCAUCAAGAUCCGUAUCCCUCGUUCCCCCGUUAUUGGUGACAAGUUCUCGUCCAGACACGGACAGAAGGGUGUCUUGUCACAAAAAUGGCCGAUGGUGGAUAUGCCCUUUUCCGAGACUGGUAUCCAGCCCGAUGUCAUCAUCAACCCUCACGCUUUCCCCUCUCGAAUGACAAUCGGUAUGUUUGUGGAGUCGCUGGCUGGAAAAGCCGGUGCUCUGCAUGGACUGGCGCAGGAUUCUACUCCCUUCAGAUUUGACGAGGAGAACACGGCAGCAGACUACUUUGGACACCAGCUCAUGAAGGCCGGAUUCAACUACCACGGAAAUGAGCCCAUGUACUCUGGCAUCACAGGAGAGGAGCUCGGUGCCGACAUCUACAUCGGUGUAGUCUACUACCAGAGACUGCGUCACAUGGUUAACGACAAGUACCAGGUGCGAACCACUGGUCCUGUGGUGCCCACAACAGGCCAGCCCAUCAAGGGCAGAAAGAGAGGUGGUGGUAUCCGUGUGGGAGAAAUGGAGCGCGAUGCCCUGUUGGCGCACGGAACAGCCUUUUUGCUGCAAGACAGACUGCUCAACUGCUCAGAUUACACUCGAUCAUGGAUCUGCCGUCGCUGCGGAUCAUUCUUGUCCGUGCAGCCCACAGUAUCUCAGUUUGCACCAGGAAAGAAGAAGGCUCCCAGCAUGGUCCGUUGCCGAAACUGUGCCGUCAGGCUUGACGACAGCGAGGGCAUCGACCUGACGGAAAUCCAGGGAGAGAUUUGGGAGGAUGGUCAGGGCAACUGCUGGGUCGGCGGCGACCAGACGACGCAGGUUGUGGUGCCCGGUGCGCUCAAGUUUUUGGAUGUGGAGUUGGCGGCCAUGGGCGUCAAGCUCAAGUACAGAAUAGACCGGACGGACGAGCCUCGCAAGGGACCGAUGAAGCCGCUGAAGCAGAUUACGGCGGCUGCUUAG